GAAGGGAGGGAGGUGACGCAGGAGCUAUCCAGCACGUCAGCUCCCUGCUUCGGCCCUGAUUGCAACCAGCUCGCCAGCGGACCCCACGGUUAAAAAUGGCCUCAAGGGUGGUCUCUGUCAUGCUAUCUGCUCUUUUGUUUUGGCUAAUGUUUGAAUGGAAUCCAGCAUUCGCUUAUAGUUCACGGACCCCUGACCGGGUCUCAGAAACAGACAUCCAGAGGCUGCUCCAUGGCGUGAUGGAGCAGCUGGGCAUUGCCAGGCCACGAGUGGAAUACCCAGCUCACCAAGCCAUGAAUCUUGUUGGGCCACAGAGCAUUGAAGGGGGAGCUCAUGAGGGUCUUCAGCACCUGGGUCCCUUUGGCAACAUCCCCAACAUAGUGGCAGAGCUGACUGGUGACAACAUUCCGAAGGACUUCAGUGAGGAUCAAGGCUACCCAGACCCUCCAAAUCCCUGUCCUCUGGGGAAAACUGCGGAUGAUGGAUGUCUAGAAAACGCCCCUGACACUGCAGAGUUCAGUCGAGAAUUCCAGUUAAACCAGCACCUUUUUGAUCCAGAACAUGACUACCCAGGUUUGGGCAAGUGGAACAAGAAACUCCUCUAUGAGAAGAUGAAGGGAGGACAGACUCGGAAGAAGAGGAGUGUCAAUCCAUAUCUGCAAGGCAAGAGGCUGGACAAUGUUGUGGCAAAGAAAUCUGUCCCCCACUUUUCAGAAGAGGAGAAGGAGCCGGAAUAAAGAGAAGUCAGUAGGUGGAAACCCAAGCGAUGCUCAUGUGCAUGUCAUAGAGCCCCAUGAGUGGCAGCAUGUGUCUUACAUGGAUAUUUACGGAUGAAAAGCAGCUGUCCCUGCAUUCGCUUCCACACCGAUGCCUGUGCUUUCUGCUAAACUAGAAUGAAAGCUCCUUUUCUUUUGGGGAAGUUUUUGAUGUGCAUCUGCAAGAACCAUUACAAUUAAAAUGUAUAUGUCAAGUAUAAUAAAAACACGGAUAUGAAAUGCUCAGAUUUCUUGCAGUUUUGGAUUGUGCUGUUUGGGCCAAGUCUGUAAAAAAGCUAGCAUUUGAUUUUGAUUAUGUAGUGUGCCUAGCCCUUGGGCCUUGUUAUACCAAUAAAGAAGUUUGUACUCCGGGGGAGGGGCCGACACAUCUCACUCCACUGCUUCUUAAUAAAUGUAUGUGCAAACACUG